CUCCAAUUUACAAUCACAGCUUCAGAUAAAAAAGCCUCCAUCAUCAACACUGUUAUGAACGCCAUUGGCUGGCGCAACGAGUUCAUUGAACCGCUACGUGACUCGUCGCUCGUGUUCAUCACCUUACGAAACAUACGUAUUUAUUCGCAAAUACAUUUGUCACUCGGAGUUGCGUUGUCGAAGAAUGAAACGUUUGAUCUCAAUGGCUGUGUUCAAGAAGGAUUCUUCGUCGAAAACAUACGUGAACUCAUCGAAUUUUACGUCGAGUUUUUUUGUCGUCACAUAUCGUUUACGCCAACGACUCUCACAAAUGUUCAGCAAAAUGCAUUGUAUCAGGCGAAGCAGAUCCAUGCAACUUACACCAGCAAUCUCAAAUAUCGCUUCAGACAACAUUUGUGGCAUUUGGUGAAUUUGCUUCUCGACGUUAAAAACCAACGUAAUAACCUCAAAGUACGAUUGCAAAACGAGGGCUUAUCGCACAUGAAAUAUCAGCAAGACGGCGCGAAAAAUUUAUGA